AACCGCAGAGCCGACCGAGCCAGAGCGGCUGUCAUCUUUCACCCAGCUCAGCUGAUCGGUUGCCGCGGCCGCCGCCGCCAGAUUCCAGAAGCAAAGAACAAGAAGCUAGGAAGCGAGACAUGGACGUGACCAUCGCUCCGCUCCGCGCCUGGGACGACUUCUUCCCGGGCUCUGACCGCUUUGCCCGGCCGGACUUCAGGGACAUUUCCAAAUGGAACAAUCGCGUGGUGAGCAACCUGCUCUAUUAUCAGACCAACUACCUGGUGGUGGCUGCCAUGAUGAUUUCCGUUGUGGGGUUCCUGAGCCCCUUCAACAUGAUCCUUGGAGGCAUCGUGGUGGUGCUGGUGUUCACGGGCUUCGUGUGGGCAGCCCACAAUAAGGACAUCCUGCGCCGGAUGAAGAAGCAGUACCCCACGGCGUUCGUCAUGGUGGUCAUGCUGGCCAGCUACUUCCUCAUAUCCAUGUUUGGGGGAGUCAUGGUCUUUGUGUUUGGCAUCACUUUCCCUUUGCUGCUGAUGUUUAUCCACGCGUCGCUGAGACUCCGGAACCUCAAGAACAAACUGGAGAAUAAAAUGGAGGGAAUCGGUCUGAAGAGGACGCCCAUGGGCAUCGUCCUGGAUGCCCUAGAACAGCAGGAGGAAAACAUCAGCAAAUUCACCGACUACAUCAGUAAAGUGAAGGAGUAAAUUUAGAGCUGACCCGGUGAUGGGAAGGCAGCAGAAAUCGAGUUGCAGUUUGCCCUUGUCCACACCUACUUUCCGUUUGUGUUUUUUGAAACAGGAGGUGCACGCACCACAUCCGACUCUCUAGGGCAGCAUGCAGGUGGGGGCCACGCUGCCAACAUCUCUGAUGUUACAGCAGGAAGCCCUCAGAAACCAAAAGAAACCGCCCUCCAGUUAUGUCUGAAGUUUCAAGUGUGUGUAUGAAAGCUGAUAGGAAAAGGAUCAGACCUAUUUCUUAAGGGGAAUGAAAAAAAAAUCAAAGUAUCACGGACUGGAUGGCAACAAUACAGUUAUCUUGUAGGAAAACAAAGUAACUAUAAAGUAUCCAGGCAAGAUGAGUAAAGGAAAAGACUCUUAAAAGUAGGUGACGUCAUGCAUUAGCCUGUUUUAAUCGCCCCAGCAUCCUCCUCCAAAAAUAUUCCCUAGCAUUAUAACAUGUAGGGCAUAAAAUAGCUUAGUUUUUAUCAUUAUUCUUUUAAAAUCAAAGAUGAUCUCUAUCACUUUGCUCCUGUUUGAUGUGCAGUGGAAGCUGAAUAAACCAGUUGUUUAUAUUUUGUUUACAGAUACAAAGAUAGCUGUUGAGGAGGGGGUUUUGUCAACUUGUUGCAAACUAAGUAUCUUUCAGGAGGUUACAGCUUUUGUGACAUGUAUUAUUCUUGAUAGUCUUGUUAAAAAAAAAUAGACAAAAAACCAAAAUAAAAGUUGAGUUCUGUUUCUAUUGCA